UUUUUCUGAAUUCAGAAAACGCCCCCCGAUAAUCACAAAAACUGAAUCAUCCGAAUGGUAUUCCUAUAUCUGAGAGAGCCAUAGCGAAAAAUAGUGCACAUCGAGAGAACAUAUAGAACUCCAUCAAAAUGGGCUUCUCAUCGGCCCUGCAAAGUCGGGCCGCACACGAGGCGCUCAUCGUGCGGCAGGAUGCCGAGCUGCGUCUCAUGGAGACCAUGAAGAGAUCCAUCCAGUUGAAGGCCAAAUGCGACAAGGAAUACGCAAUCAGUUUGACAGCUGUGGCCCAACAGGGUCUGAAAAUCGAUCGGGCUGACGAAAUGCAAGGCAGCCUCAUCACAAAGUCCUGGCGAUCCUACAUGGAUGAGCUGGACCAACAGGCCAAACAGUUCAAGUCGAAUGCCGAGCAGCUGGAAGUGGUCUGCGACAAGCUGACACAUCUCUCGCAGGACAAGCGGAAGGCGCGCAAGGCCUACCAGGAGGAGCACGCCAAAAUUGCGGCACGCCUCAAUCAUCUCACUGACGAGGUGCUGCGCAAGAAGACCGAAUACCAAAAACAUUUGGAGGGCUACAAGGCGCUGCGCACGCGUUUCGAGGAGCACUACAUUAAAGCACCCGGUCGGAGUGGCCGCAAGCUGGACGAUGUGCGCGACAAAUAUCAGAAGGCCUGCCGCAAGCUCCAUCUCACCCACAACGAGUACGUGCUCUCCAUCUCGGAGGCCAUCGAGGUGGAGAAGGACUUUCGCACGGUCCUGCUGCCGGGCCUGCUCGAGCAUCAGCAGUCCGUCCAGGAGAGCUUCAUCCUGCUGUGGCGCAACAUUCUGCAGGAGGCUGUCCAGUACGGGGAUCUCACGGCCGACAAGUACAAGGAGAUCCAGAAACGCAUCGACACUGUGAUAGGUGGCAUCAAUCCGGGCGAAGAGUAUGGCGAGUUCACCGAGAAACACAAAACCUCACCGACAACGCCGCUACUCUUCCAGUUCGACGAGACGCUCAUCGAGGACAUACCCGGCAAACUGCAGUCCAGCACGUUGACAGUGGACAACCUCACGGUGGACUGGCUGCGCACACGGCUCUCGGAGCUGGAGGGAUCCGUGAAGGAGUGCCAGGAGAAGCAGCUCAAGAUGAUUGAGCAUGUCAACGGUGGCUCGCCGGUGGCCAACGGCAGCAUAAUCUCGAACGGCAGCAACAGCUCCAAUGGCAUACAGUCCAACAAGGACAGCCAGUGUCGCCAGUCCAAGGACCUGAAUGCCCUGAAAUGCCAGGAGAAACAGAAACAGAAGCUGGUGGACAUGAUCAAGUGCGCUCUGAACGAAGUGGGCUGCGAGGAGCUGCCCUCCGGCUGCGACGACCACCUCACCCUCGAGCAGACCUUCAUCGAGAAUGGCUACAACAACGAACAGCAGCGCUCCAACUCCACCAGCUCUCCAGGGCUGGGCAUCAUGAAUGAGCUGAUGCGACGCGGGGGAGUCCUCACUCUGCUGCGCGGCCGUGGGCGCCACUUCAAGCGCAAGUCGACGCCGCAACCGACGACGCCCAUGACACGGACGCGCCAGGGACGCUUCUCGAAGAUGCAGCCGCGCUCCCAGAGCCUCGGAUCGUUGUCGGUAAUUAGGGAUGCGCGUAGUCCUGCACGUUACGAGCCCAUUACUAACCCGCUGCGCCUGGCGGCCAGCGUCCACUACUUGGGCGAGGAGAUAUCCCUCAGCUCGUCGCCGCCGGCCCUGCCGCGACUGCGUCGCACCCAGUGUUCCAUGUUGUGUUUGGGCGAGGACGAGGAGCCGCUGGAGCCGUUGCCGGCGGUCUUCUCGCCCGCCCCGCUCACCCAGCUAACCGUUGCCGUUAUUACUAACACUAACAACAAUCACAUCUACGCGGAUCUCGAGCUGGGCCUGAAGAUUCCCCAUGCGGACAGUCUCGCCAGCGAGGCGGAGGAGGAGGAGGAGGCGGAGCUGCCCGCCCCGAAAGAGCAGAUCAAGAUAGAAAUCAAUCAGGCAGAGCCACAGAACUCGAUUGAUGCGCAUUUGGACAGGAUCGAUGAGCUGAAUCGAGUGCUGGACGAUCGCUUGAAGCGAAGCCUGCAGCCCACGACGCCCAACGAUGAUGUGAAUGCCAUCGAGAGCAUGGACGAGGUGCAGACCCGCAAGCCUGCACCCAGCGAUGUGGACGCCCAAACGAAGCGCAGCUCCAGCUCCAGCUCGGAGUGCCGCUCCUCCCAGCUGUCCUCCAAGGAUAUGGGACACUCGAAGAAGCGCUCGCUGUCCUUCACCCAAAAGUCCAUCAGCAACAUCUUCAGCAAUCUCAAGGAGUUCUCCAAGAGUCCCCUGGUGCGAAUGGGCAAGAGUGCGACGGUGAACGAGGAGCAGCAGCACCCAGAGAGGCCCCAGGCCCCGAACGACCAGCAUUCCAGCAGCAGCGAGUCCCAAACGAAUCCGAGCAGCAGCAGCCAGAACAACAACAAUACCAGUAGUAUUAGCAAUCACAGUGCCUCACAGUCCACGAUCAUCACGAGCACGAUCACCACGACGAUCACUACGACCACGUCGUCUGCGACGCCGUCCAAGGAGACCUCAAGACUGAAAUUCAAAGUGCCAAAGAUCCAGAACAAAUCGAAAGCCAUCCGCAAUACAUUCCGAUCCAAGCUGCUCAACUUCCAGCUGAAGCGAUCCAAGCCCUGCAAACAGUGCACCAAACGGAGGCGCAUCCACCCCAGCAAGAGUGUCUUUGACUUUGCCAAGGAGUUUGACACGGAGACCCAGGAGGGUGCCGCCGAGGAGCAGUUCUGCAGCUGCCCCGCACCGGCCCCAAAGACGAAGCUGCCCAUUCAGAUGGAGCGGAAGUUCGAGUCGCACAGCUCCGGGGAGCUGGACGAGAACGACGGCGAUGACCGGGACCGGGACCAUGAUAACGAUAACGAUAACGAGGAUAGCAUCAGCGACGAUGUGCUCAGCAUGAAGGAGCACUGCUACUGCAUUCCCAGCUUGGCGGCCAGUAUAUCUCUGUCCACGAAUCGGCCGCUCUACGAGGAGGAGUGGUUCCACGGCGUGUUGCCCCGCGAGGAGGUGGUGCGUCUCCUCAACAACGACGGCGACUUCCUGGUGCGCGAGACCAUCCGGAACGAGGAGAGCCAGAUUGUGCUGAGUGUCUGCUGGAAUGGCCACAAGCACUUCAUCGUCCAGACCACGGUCGAGGGCAACUUCCGCUUCGAGGGGCCGCCCUUUGCCAGCAUCCAGGAGCUGAUCAUGCAUCAGUACCACAUCGAGUUGCCCGUCACUGUCAAAUCCGGUGCCAUUCUUCGACGACCCGUCUGCCGGGAACGCUGGGAGCUGAGCAACGAUGAUGUGGUCCUACUCGAACGGAUUGGCCGGGGCAACUUUGGGGAUGUCUACAAGGCCAAAUUGAAGUCCACCAAACUGGAUGUGGCCGUCAAAACCUGCCGCAUGACCCUGCCCGACGAACAGAAGCGCAAGUUCCUGCAGGAGGGCCGCAUCCUUAAGCAGUACGAUCAUCCGAAUAUUGUCAAACUGAUUGGCAUCUGUGUGCAGAAGCAGCCCAUAAUGAUUGUCAUGGAACUGGUGCUGGGUGGUUCCCUGCUUACAUAUUUGCGUAAAAACUCGAAUGGCCUCUCCGCUCGCCAACAAAUGGGAAUGUGCCGAGAUGCGGCAGCAGGCAUGCGAUAUCUGGAGUCCAAGAACUGCAUUCAUCGGGAUCUGGCGGCGCGGAAUUGUCUCGUCGAUCUAGAGCACAGCGUAAAGAUCUCUGAUUUCGGAAUGUCCCGCGAGGAAGAGGAAUAUAUAGUUUCCGAUGGCAUGAAGCAAAUACCCGUGAAAUGGACAGCGCCAGAGGCCCUGAACUUUGGCAAAUACACGUCCCUGUGCGAUGUCUGGUCCUACGGCAUACUGAUGUGGGAGAUAUUCUCCAAGGGAGAUACACCUUACUCGGGCAUGAGCAAUUCAAGGGCCAGAGAGCGCAUCGAUACAGGAUAUCGCAUGCCAACGCCGGAGAAUACGCCGCCAGAGAUGUAUCGACUGAUGCUCAAGUGCUGGGCCGCCGAUGCCGAGUCCCGGCCACAUUUCGAUGAAAUCUACAAUGUGGUCGAUGCCCUCAUACUGCGCCUGGACAACAGCCACUGAAUGACUGAGUGUAUCCGCGCAUCCGGUAGCUGUAGCCGCAUCUGUAUCUAUAACUUUAAGCAUACUCAAUGUAGGUUUAGUCAACGCUUUUAAAGUACGUCACGUCCUAGGACUUAUCAACGAGAUGCCUGUAUUUCUGAGAUACCAUAAACCAUACAACAUACAACUGAUACAUUUUACCACAUAAACGAUAUUUAUAUACCUACCUAUAUUUUUUCUAGCCAUGUAAUCUGUAAAUUUUCGAUAUUUAAUGGUAUUUUGAUGUACGAGCAUGUGUGUAUCCGUGACUGACUGAGUAUGUAUGAUAUAAUGAAUCCUUAAUGUGCCAAAAACCGCAAGAACUUUAAAAGAAAUUCUAAAAAAAAUGUGUGUCUGCUUGAAGAACUGUAUCGCGUAGGCCUAAGCUCAUUGAAUUUAUAUCCUUAGUUGUUUUUGUGUUUUUCUUUAGUUUAAACAACCAGAUAUUUGUAAAUUAUUCAAGCCUUACGUUGGUCAAUUCGUUUGAAGACUCUGUAUUCUGUGUAUUGUAUAUUUAUUUACACCUAAUUUACAUAUUUUUACUUCGCCUACGAUUACGAUUAUAUAUGUACUAUAUCUGUAUAUCUACGCUCUAAGUUAAAGCUUUAAGUUGUGCUGCGCUGCUGAAGUGAAUAAAUCAUAUGUGUACCGUGUA